ACACAAUCCAAAAACAGCAGCAGUGAAACAAUCCUUCAAAUGGUGGUGAGACUGGGAAGAUGGAACAGUACUAGAAACCAGAUAUUACGGAGUAGAGUAGAGUAGAGAACUUAACUAAUCUUAAUCCCCCAUUCUCUCAUUCAUUCAUUCAUAUCUUCACCAAACAUGCCUUCUUCACUCUCUCUCUCUUCUUUCUCUCUCCACGCAAACCCCUCCCACUUCCCUCACCCCCUGUACAAACCCACCAUUCCCUACCCAUCAACAAACCUCCCUAAAUCUCUCUCAAUCAAAUCCUCCAUUGACAAACCCGAAAAACCCACCAAUAACACAACCAAACAGAGCUCAUGGGUCAGCCCAGACUGGCUCACCUCUCUGGCUCAGUCCCUAUCCAUUGGCAAAGACGAUUCAAACAUACCCAUUGCAAAUGCUAAGCUCGAAGAUGUUUCUGAGCUUCUGGGUGGUGCUCUUUUCCUCCCACUGUUCAAGUGGAUGCAGGAAUACGGACCCAUUUACCGCCUCGCCGCGGGGCCGAGGAAUUUCGUGGUGGUUAGUGACCCUGCCAUUGCAAAGCAUGUGUUGAGAAAUUAUGGCAAGUAUGCAAAGGGGCUUGUUGCUGAGGUAUCUGAAUUUUUGUUUGGAUCAGGAUUUGCCAUCGCUGAAGGCCAGCUCUGGACGGUGAGGCGCAGGGCAGUAGUUCCAUCGCUUCACAAGACAUACUUAUCAGUAAUAGUUGAUCGGGUAUUUUGCAAAUGUGCUGAGAGAUUGGUGGAAAAGCUCAAAACCAAUGCACUCAAUGGCUCUGCUGUGAACAUGGAGGAAAAUUUUUCUCAAUUAACUCUCGAUGUUAUUGGUCUAGCAUUGUUCAACUACAAUUUUGACUCCCUUACCACUGAUAGUCCGGUUAUUGAUGCUGUUUACACUUCGUUAAAAGAAGCAGAGGCUCGUUCCACUGAUCUGUUACCGUAUUGGAAGAUUAAUGCUUUGUGUAAAAUAAUCCCAAGACAAAUAAAAGCUGAAAAAGCAGUUACAUUGAUCAGAAAAACCGUUGAAGAACUCAUUAACAAGUGCAAAGAAAUUGUGGAAAGUGAGGGCGAAAGGAUUAAUGAGGAGGAGUAUGUAAAUGAGACAGAUCCAAGCUAUAAUAAAACAAACAUAGGAUACACAUCAUUUCUAACAAAAUAG